AUCACCUUCGCAGAAGACUCAAUCAUUUUGUUUGCGAGCAAUCAGUUACAUACAAUACCGUUAUUAUAAUAAAGUGCAAUUUGGCUUACGUAGGUAGCGGGUCAAAUAAUCAAAUCUUUUAAAAAAGCGUGAUUCGAAGACUCGUUUACAGUUUAAGAUUGAAUCGAAAUGAUUCGAUCAAUCGCGAUCGACACAGGUCAGUCCCUAUAACAUAUUUUGACACUGACAUUGAGAUUGACGUUUAUUUGUGUUUGGGAAGCGAUCGAGUUUUAAUUUUACGCUUUAAUAUUUAAUUAGUAAAAAAAGAAUGUUAUUUUAUUCUUUUUUCAAGUCCUUAGUGGGAAAAGAUGUAGUAGUGGAGCUUAAAAAUGAUCUGAGUAUAUGCGGGACACUUCAUUCUGUGGAUCAAUAUCUAAAUAUUAAGUUGUCAGAAAUAAGUGUUAUAGAUCCCGACAAAUAUCCUCAUAUGUUGUCUGUGAAGAAUUGUUUUAUACGUGGAUCUGUCGUCCGAUACGUACAACUUCCGGCAGACGAGGUGGAUACCCAGCUUCUUCAAGAUGCUGCUCGUAAAGAAGCAACAGUCUCAACAAGAUAAACAUAACCUCAAAAUGUUGUUAGAGUUCCUUUCUGGUUUGAAAGUUUCAGUCUGCCGCGAUUGUUGUAUAUAUUAAUUUUAAGUGAAGCUUUUAUAAUAAAAUAUGCGAAUUUAAAUAGUGGUAUUAUUUAAUUUCAUUUAAGGGACACUGCUUUGAGGGAUAACAAGCUACUGGUGCGUCUCUUUCUGUGUUUUUAUACGCGCGUCCUAUAUUAAAUUUGAAGUUACGGUAGAAAAUAACCUAACAUACUCCAAAAAUAAUUACUGAAACUUAUUUCAUUAUACUUUACAUUUUAAUUUGUUUAGGUCAAAAUGUUCCAGAAUAGUACAUCUAUGUAGAAGUGCUAAUAUUACUUGCUUACAUACUAUAAAAGAAGGUUUUAUACAUUUAACAUUAUUCCAAAUUAAUACACGGUAGACAGUUUUUAUUAACAACCUCAAUUUCUCAUAUCUAUGAUUUUUACAGUUUAACAGAGCUUAAUUAUGGGCUUAUUAUUUUCUACUACAAUAGUAGUAUUUUUGUGUAAAUUCUGCCAA